AUGAGCAGCACCAUCCCUGAGGCCGACCCCGAUGAGCCUGUCGAGACCAAGCCCUUCAAGUUCGUGACUGGCUAUGACGCCCGCUUUCCCUACCAGAACCAGACAAAGCACUGCUGGCAGAACUACGUCGACUACCACAAGUGUAUCCUCGCCAAGGGUGAAGACUUCCGCCCGUGCAAACAGUUCUAUCUUGCUUACCGAUCUCUCUGCCCCAAGUCCUGGACCGACCGAUGGGACGAUCAGCGUGAGGCCGGCAACUUCCCUGCCCGUCUUGAUCAAUAG